GAUGAUUGUGAUGAAGCUCUCAGGUAUUCAUUUGUGUUCUGAAGAUGAACGAAGGUGUUACAGGUGUGAAACGCAAUGAGGACGAGGAAUUAAUGACAAAAAGUUAAUUCUUGGAUGAACUAAUGCUUUAAGAGACUUCCAAGCGUGUAUCUGCCCUACAGUCCUAAUGCAAAUGAUAUGUGUUAGUGAAGGGCUGCUAUAUUAUAUUGUAUAUGUGUUUGUUUAGAGAGGUAAACAUCACGUUUCUGUGCUCUGCUCACACCACAACACAGGAAACCUCAGGGGCUUCCUGUUAAAGGUUCAACUGCAUCCAAUGUGAGUGGAUCAUCCUUUUACUGAAUCGGGUUAUUAUGUUGUGAAAAUUGUCAAGCGAGCAUCCCGCUGCGGAGAUUUGGGAGACUGCAGAUAACUGUCGAGACUUCUUACCCCACACAGAACACCAGAUGCGCAGACACAACAACCUCCAGUACCGUACUGAUUCCAGGCUGAAGUCCAGCUGAAAGCAACAGCGGUGUCAGCCGACCGAUAUUGGGGGCAUGUGUUAGGACACAGGUGAAUCAGUUUUCCGGCUUAUUCAGACUGAGAAAGAGGCAUGUCGAUUUUGCGGAUAUUACGAUGUCCAGAGCUUCAGUAGCCUCCAUCGGUCAGCAUCAUCAUAUCGCUCUCCAACAGCUGGAAGCCAUAGCAACCACAUCUCAUUCAUUUCUGGGACCCAACAAACGUCAGAAGUUCAUACAGGAUGAGGACGGAGGGAGCGCAGUGCUGGUCAGCUCUUGUGUACGUCUGUUGGAGAACAUGGAGCUCCAAUGUUCUGUCGGUCAGCUGCUAACUGAGACGGUACGGUCUCAGCACAAGAUCCUCAAUUCUGGAACAAACUCGCUGGCGUUUCUGGCCGGAAUCUGGAGUAGAGUAGCACUGGAUUGUCUGCACAGAGGAAUGACUGUGUUAGACAUAAAAACAGGCAUGACCAAAGCACUAGAGUUGUGUUUGGAGGCAUGCAUGCAGUCGGCUGUAUGUUUGAAAGAGGUUUCCAGCAGAGAAAAACCAUCAAAUACACCUUCAGACUCGCAGGGUAAUUUAGUCACAGAGCGGUUUUUGGGGGUUCAGGACACAACCAUGCCCAAAGAAAAUGUCAGGUCGACAAUGAAACACAGCAGACACUUUAGUUCACAAUAUGAAGAGGCAAAGAAAAGCUUUGAUGUGUCUCACAUAGCACGAGCCGUAAGUCACGGAUGUGAGGCCUCCAUGAAUUUAGUUUUGGAAGCAUGCAAGUUGCAAGGAAACAUCACGGAUGAGUGUGGGAACGGUGCAUUGGAUGUCCAAAAGCUGGUCACAUGCCCAGUGCCAGGGCUUUCUGAGAAACACUCACAUGUGCUACACGGAUAUGUCGUGCUUAUAUCUGAUGAACAGUCCUCGGUGGUUCAACACCUUCAGGAGCGAACAUUAAAUAUUGCUCUGGUGAAUGGCGACUUGAGUGAGAAAUAUCGCCACGUGGGAUUUAACCGGCCUGCACGUGUCACACACAUCGCAGAUCAUGCUAACAUGACAGGUGUCAGCCAAGAAGAGCACUGGAUCCAAUCUGCAUUAAAAACACUCUGUGAACUGAGCAUAAACAUUUUGCUUGUGAGCGGUGUGGUCUCCAUAAAACUGAAGGACCACUGCAUUUCCUCCAACAUCUUGAUUAUUGAACGUACGAGAAGCAACAUUUUGAAGGAUUUUAGCAUGUCCACAGGGGCCGUGCUCAUGUCUUACAUCACACAGCUCAACGAACGGUGCGUGGGCCGAGGGGUAAAGGUCAGGCGGUGGAGAGAAUUUGGGAGAGAUGGAUCAACCGCCAUCAGCAUUACAACCGCAGGCACGUCUCUGGUGACGGCGGUCAUAACCAGCUCUGUACCUGCUGAGUUACAAAGUCUGGAGGAUCGGUUUUGGAGCUGCGCGCACCGACUGCACCAGGCACUCGCAGACGGGAAGCUUCUUAAGGGAGCAGCAGCCACAGAGCUCCUCUGCAUCCGGCAGCUUUAUAAAUCCACACAGACUGAGAUGGAGAACCCACACGAGAAGGUUGUGAUGCAGCUGAUGGCCGCCGGCUGGAUGGAUUACAUUUCUACACUGAUGCUGAAUUGCGGGACAGUGUUGUCUAAAGCGGAGGCUUGGACGGCUAUCGCUCACCAGCUGAGACUAUGUGAGGAUGGAGGACCCAUGUCUGCUAAAGUAUUAUGGGCACCUGUGGAGAGACACACCUCCGUUGACUGCAUAAGGAAUCAGAAUGAGGUGGAGACGGAUGUGAGUGCUGCUGUGUACGAUAAUGUGACAGUGAAGUUUGAAGCUUGGAGGAGAGCGCUGGAUCUGGUGCUUCUAGUUCUACAGUCUGACACUGAGAUCAUUACAGGCGUCAACGAAAGAGAAAAUGUUUCCAAAGAGUUCAUGUAUCUUUAAAACUGAUGGACCUUAGUCGGGUUAGAUGCAGUGGCGGCUCGUGACUUCAAAAUAAGUGUUCGGAGUAUCACGUGUGUUGCUUGCGUUUUCAAAAUAUGUGUUUGUUGCGUCAUGUAAACCAUGUGCAUCACGUGUUUUGUCAAAAUAAGUGCCUGCUGCACACGCGUCAAAACCGUUUAUGAUAAAAGGGACGCUCACGUUCACAAAAUACAUGCAAGACACUCCCUUAACCGUAAACUCUGAUUAUGCAUGAGAUUAUGCGAGUAUCUGACAAACGCGAGCGUCUCUUUUAUCAUAAACCCUUCAGACGCAUCUGCAGCAGGCAUUUAUUUUGACAAGACAUGUGAUGCACAUAGGAUCACUCGACGUGCCUAACAAAUAGUUUUUUUUCCUAGAAAUUUUUUAAAAAAAAAACUAUGGAAAGCAUGAGUUUUGGAAAUCAGGCAGGACAUCUGUUAAGAUAAGUACAUAAGUUAUUAAAAUUGUCUGCAUCAAUAUAUUUUUCUGUCUUAUUUUAAUUUACAUCAAAAUAAAUGUCAUCUAGUACAGUGGUUCUCAAUCUGGGGGCUCUGAGAUUUUUAAUGACAUUUAAAUGACAUUUAAAAAAUAAAUGCAUUAAUUUAUCAUAAAUUCUGUGUAAUUAAACCUCAGAAAAAUAAGGCUACUAACUAAAAGCACUACAUUGUAUAAUUUGUUUAAUUCAAAUAUUAAGUUUUGAAAUGUUUUAUGUCAUACAUUUUCUUUGGGGGGGCCAUGAAGGGAUGCACCAUACAGAAGGGGGCCGCACACAAAAAAAUUAAGAACCAUUGGUUUAGCAAAUGUAACAGUGAAAUAGGUUUUGCCUAGAAAAUUUUGGAAAAACUAUGGAAAGCAUAAUUUAUGCAAAUCAGGCAUAACAUGUUAUGUAGUUAUAUUUGAAUAAAAA